CUAUUCUCUCGCAUUCCAAUUUCCACCACGACGCCACCACACAACACAACUGACCUCGUCUCUCUCUCUCUCUCUCUCUCUCUCUCUCUCUCCGUGAAGCCACUAUCAAACCCUAACCGCCCCCGAAGCCUAAAUCCUCCUCCUCUUCUCAAUCUCUCUAUCUCUCUCUCCUCUCUCUCCACGAUGGCGCAUCAAAUGUCCCCUUCCGAUCACGACCCCAACUCCGACUCGUCCAAGGCCCGCCUCUACAACCCCUACCAGGAUCUCCAGGUUCCCAUGCGAAACCUCUACCAGCUACCUACCUCCCCGGAGUUCCUCUUCGUCGAAGAGGCUAAACGUCAGCGUCGCUCCUGGGGCGAGAAUCUCACCUUCUACACCGGCUGCUCCUACCUCGCCGGCGCAGUUGGAGGCGGCGCCGCCGGUCUCUUUUCCGGCGUUCGAUCAUUCGAGUCUGGAGACACCACCAAGCUCAGGAUCAACAGGGUUCUCAACUCCUCUGGCCACACGGGUCGGGUUUGGGGGAACCGGCUGGGCGUGAUCGGGUUGAUCUAUGCGGGUAUGGAGAGUGGGAUUCAGGCGGUCAGAGACACUGACGAUGUUUGGAAUAGCGUUGCGGCUGGACUGGGAACUGGCGCGAUUUACCGAGCUGCGAGGGGCGUGAGGUCGGCUGCGGUGGCUGGAGCUAUUGGAGGAGUCCUGGUUGGCGUGGCGGUCACGGCGAAGCAGGCGGCCAAGCGAUAUGUGCCAAUAUAAUCAGGGAGGCCUGGUUGCGAUGUGAGUGGUGGUAUUGUUGGUUUUUUUUUUGUCUAUUUGGUUAGUUUUCGGCAAUUUUGAUAGUCCCAUUAGGAAUCGGAGACGAUGAUAAAGUGAAAAUAUAUGGGCAAUGCAUGAUGAAGAUGGUGUUGCUGUGUUUAGUAAUUUUAAAUGGAAUUGAUUAUUGAUAAACAAGUAGUUGAGCACGGGAGUUUCCGUGCUUUCAUACGAGUUUUCGUGUUAAGAAUUCUAUUGUAAUUUGUCGACUUGUCCUGAUAAUGAAUAAUUGGGAUGCAUUUAGA